GCUUCUGUGGUUCAAAGACGACACUGAGAAAUGUCUCCAAACACGAUCUAUGACGCUCUCCAGUCAUUUUCUCCAAGGCUGACUGUGGCCAAAAGGAAAGAGGCUCUGGAGUUGAGAAAGACUAUGAAACCACUAAUGGAAAAACGAAGGCGCGCCCGCAUCAACGACAGCCUGAACCACUUGAAGAAUCUCAUUCUUCCCCUCACAGGCAGAGACAAAACCCGCUACUCCAAGCUGGAGAAAGCCGACAUCCUGGAAAUGACCGUGAAGUUCCUUAGUGACAUUCCCGCUGUUAACGUCAAAAGCCCAGCAGACAGCUACAGGGAAGGUUUCAAAGCCUGCCUCCAGCGCGUCCCCGCUCUACUCCCCAAAACCAACCUGGACGAAGAGGCGCGCCAGCGAGUCGAGGACUUCGUCCAGAAGUCUAUGUCUGCGAACAGCGCGCCGACCUGCCUGAAAUGCUGCGCCCAUAACGCCAGGGCUUUCCCUCUGCUCCAUCAAAAACUCCUGACUCUGAAAACGUGCGUCAGCGCCAGUCUGGAGAGUCAGCCAGCGUCAGCAGCCGGCCGAGCGCAGUCAGGCCCGCAGCCUGUCCGCGUUGCUGUGUGGAGACCGUGGUAGAGCUCCGCAGUUAAAGAUCCCUCAUCUUUAAAGACGAGGAGUCUUUAAUCCUGCUAUUAUGAUGUGUUACCGUUAAGUUGAAUUACUUGUAAAUACGUAUUGUUCCUUAGAACUUAUUGUU